AUGGUGCACAGGAUUGACCUGGAUCAAGGUUGGGAGUUCAAGCAGGCCAGCUCCCUGGAGAAUGGCACAGCCACAUCUUACCUACCUGUCGCCCAAUUCCCUACAGUGGCACACAUAGACCUUCUCCAUCACAAGCUCAUACCAGAUCCCUACAUUGACGUCAACGAGCUGAAAUGUCUCUGGGUCAAUGAUGCAGACUGGACCUAUCGCACCCAGAGCAUUGGUCCUGUCGAUCUCGCACCAACUCGGCGAGCCGUCUUGGUCUUGGAAGGCCUCGACACGGUAGUCGACGUAUAUCUCAACGGCCGCCACAUCCUGUUCAGCAAGAACAUGCACAUUUCGCACCAGAUCGACGUAACAGAAGCGCUUCGAGAUAGAAAGGAACCCUCUAGCCUUGAACUGAAGUUUAGAAGUGCCCCAGCGUAUGCUCGCUCAGAGCGUGAUCGAAUCGGUUACAAGAGGAAUGCUACCGGCCGGGCCGUUAACUACGGUGGCUCUGAACGGCUCUUCUUGAGGAAGGCACAAUACCAAUGGGGAUGGGACUGGGGACCAGCCGUCAAUACCUGCGGGCCUUGGAAACCCGUGUACCUAGAGGUAUAUGAGUCACGGGUCAGCGAUCUUUCGGUCAUCCAAGACGUCGCUGCCGAUCUGUCUUCAGUGGCAAUCUCGGUAAAGGGAGGGGUCGAAAACGCGGAGGGCUUGGACAAAAUAAUAGUCCAGUUGACUGAUCGCGACACGACGACUCCUGUGGCCAAACAAGAGUUGGCGAUAUCCUCCACCGGCUCAUUCGAAGGAAAGAUUAGCCUAGACAAGCCAAAACUAUGGUACCCUUUCGCAUAUGGAAAGCAACACCUGUAUCUUGUCGAAGCCAUCAUCCCUGGUCACACCAGGAGUCAGAAUCUUGGCGUCCGUCGUGUACGCAUUCUCCAGCACCCUUUAAAAUCUCGACCCGGAACGUCCUUCGUUUUCGAGAUCAACAAUGUCCGAGUCUUCUGCGGCGGGUCUUGUUGGAUCCCAGCUGACUUUAUGCUACCACGUGUAACGGCAGAACGAUACGAAGAAUGGUUGACUCUCGCCAAGAGCGGCAAUCAAUCUAUGAUUCGUGUCUGGGGCGGAGGCAUUGUCGAGAGCGAUGCAUUCUACGACAUCUGUGAUCGAGAGGGCAUCCUCGUCUGGCAAGACUUUCUCUUCGCGUGUGGUAACUAUCCUGCGUCGGCUGAGUUUGUUGCCAAUGUCAAGGUUGAAGCAGAGCAUCACAUCAAGCGUGUCGGGCACCACCCCGCGCUCGUCGUUUGGUGUGGCAACAACGAGGACUACAUGUGUGCCGACGAAGACCGCUGCUGGGACGUCGAUUGGAGUGACACCACUGGUCCGUGGGACAAUACGACAUUCCCAGCCCGUGAGAUCUAUGAACGCAUGCUCCCUGCCGUCGUCGCUGACUCCGGUACUGAAGUGCCAUACUGGACUAGCUCGCCUUACGGUGGCAAGAGUGCCAACGACCCGACCGCCGGCGAUACACAUUGCUGGGAUGUGUGGCAUGGGAAGAUGUCUCCAUACCAGGACUACAAGGCAUAUGCAUCUCGGUUUAUUUCCGAGUUUGGAUUCGAGUCAGCCCCCAGCUUGCGCACCUUGCAUCGGGCCAUCACGUCUCCGAGUGAACGUCACGCGCAGUCAAGAACGUUUGACGUUCACGACAAAGGUCCCGGCCAUCAGAGACGCUAUCCCAUGUACAUGGGAGAGAAUUACCGCUUCCGCAUGAACCCCCUCAAGGACUUUGUGUACUGCACCCAGUUCCUCCAAGCAGAGGCAAUGGCAUAUGCCUACAACUGCUGGCGCAGGGAGUUCAGAGGUCCUGGCGAGGAGAACUGCGCUGGCGUUUUGGUCUGGCAGCUCAACGACAUCUGGCCCGGCACCACCUGGGCACUGGUGGACGUGGACCUGAACCCCAAACCGGCGUUCUACAUCACCAAACGCGCUCUGGAGAAGAUCGUGGUGGGCAUGGAGCGUGUCAUCACGUCAAAGCCGCAUUACAUCGUCACAGGCUAUCCGCCCGAGAAGGGCCAAGUUGAUGUCUGGGCCGUGAACGGUGGACUUGAUGAGAGGAAAGUGCUUCUGAAGCUGGAGGCUUUUGAAAUCAAAAGCGGCAACAGCGUCGAGCUGCAGGGUGUGCAAACCAAACAAGAAUACGUCCUCAAGGCAAACCAGGCGACAGAGUUGCUGGCGGGCCUGGACAUCCCAAAUUAUAACGAUACAGUCGUGGUAGCUUACCUGGACGACCCUGCAUCAGGUGAGAGGCUGGCUCGAUGGGUAAGCUGGCCUGAGCCUCUCAAGUACUUGCAAUUAUCUCCCGAACUGAAAGUCACUUCCAAGCUGCUGGAUGGUGGUUCUGCGGUCAUUCUCAAGGCAAACAGACCUGUCAAAGGAGUAGUGCUGCAGACCUCCGCCGAAGAUCCCAAUGACGUGGUAUUUGACAACAACUUUGUCGAUCUUGUUCCGGGCGAGGAGAUUAAGAUCGGAGCAAGCGGCUUGAGAAACGAAAGAAUCGAGAUGAGAUUUCUCUAUGAUUGGGAACUAGUUCCUGGAUUCCAGUUAUAG